AUGGUGACAGACCCUUCACUGCACUGCAGUGUGAUCUGUCCAGACAGCGAGUCUGAAGGAGUAUGUAAUGUUCCAGCAAGGUCACGAGAAAACUGUGGCUACCCAGGCAUUGGUGAAGUUGAAUGCAGUCAGAAGAACUGUUGCUUUGAUUCAAAUGUGUUUGGUGUGCCCUGGUGUUUUAAACCUGAUUUUGCUGAUGCCCCACAGCAAUGUGCAGUACAAACCGGUGCUAGAGUGGAAUGUGGCUACCCAGGAAUCAGUGAAAAAGAAUGCAAUGACAGAAGAUGCUGUUUUGAUUCCAGUGUUACUGGUGUUAUCUGGUGCUUCCAUCCUAAUAACGAUCCAGAUGCAUGCCAGUGCCUUGAGGAUGUCAAAGACAGAGAGGACUGUGGUCAUGAGGGCAUCACUGCAGAGCAGUGCACAGAGAAAGGAUGCUGCUUUGAUGCAACAGAGCCUGGCGUGCCCUGGUGUUUUCAUCCUUCUGGAGAGAGAGGAACGUAUGCCUCACUGUAG